AAUACAUCUAUAAGCCAAAGAGGAAACUCUGGCUGGGGCAGUGCGCGGAGCUCCGGCUGCUGGUGGGGAGCGGCGGCCGGAACGGCAGCGCCGGUGGCGGCUACGGCGGGAGCAGCACAACGGGCCAGAUACAAUAGAGGCAACAACAGAAGGGAGCCCGUGGUCCUCUCCCGUAAACACACUCCUCUCCACCGCCACCUCCCCCUCGGCAGCGCGCGCGGUGCUGCCGGGUGCCCGAGGCCGCUCGGACUGCUAUGUAACCGCGAGACUGCGGGAGGAAGGGGACCGGGGAGAAGAGGUUCGCCCGCGGGAGGCCGUGGGGGCCAAGUUUGCAGCCACUUCUGCACGCGCUUCCCUUAGCCCCCGCUUGCCCCUUCCUGCAGCCCAGCUGGCCCAGGUGUGCCUCGCCUCCUCGCGUGCCCGGCGACCAUGGUGACGGUGGAGGAGCUGCGGGAGAUGGACUGCAGCGUGCUCAAAAGGCUCAUGAACCGGGAAGAGAACGGCGGCGGCGCGGGCGGCAGCGGCGGCCACGGCGCCCUGGGGCUGCUGAGCGGCGGCAAGUGCCUGCUCCUGGACUGCAGACCGUUCCUGGCGCACAGCGCGGGCUACAUCCGAGGCUCGGUCAACGUGCGCUGCAACACCAUCGUGCGGCGGCGCGCCAAGGGCUCUGUGAGCCUGGAGCAGAUCCUGCCGGCGGAGGAGGAGGUGCGCGCCCGCCUGCGCUCCGGCCUCUACUCGGCGGUCAUCGUCUACGACGAGCGCAGCCCGCGCGCCGAGAGCCUCCGCGAAGACAGCACCGUGUCGCUGGUAGUGCAGGCGCUGCGCCGCAACGCCGAGCGCACCGACAUCUGCCUGCUCAAAGGUGGCUAUGAGAGGUUUUCCUCCGAGUACCCAGAAUUCUGUUCCAAAACCAAGGCCCUGGCAGCCCUCCCACCGGCUGUGCCCCCCAGCGCUGCCGAAUCCUUGGACGUGAACUGCAGCUCCUGUGGAACCCCACUGCACGACCAGGGGGGUCCUGUGGAGAUCCUUCCCUUCCUCUACCUCGGCAGCGCGUACCACGCUGCUCGGAGGGACAUGCUGGAUGCCCUGGGGAUCACGGCCCUGCUGAAUGUCUCCUCUGACUGCCCGAACCACUUUGAAGGACACUAUCAGUACAAGUGCAUCCCGGUGGAAGACAACCACAAGGCAGACAUCAGCUCCUGGUUCAUGGAGGCCAUCGAGUACAUCGAUGCGGUGAAGGACCGCCGCGGCCGGGUGCUGGUGCACUGCCAGGCGGGCAUCUCGCGCUCGGCCACCAUCUGCCUGGCCUACCUGAUGAUGAAGAAGCGGGUGAGGCUGGAGGAAGCCUUUGAGUUCGUCAAGCAGCGGCGGAGCGUCAUCUCGCCCAACUUCAGCUUCAUGGGGCAGCUGCUGCAGUUCGAGUCGCAGGUGCUGGCCACGUCCUGCGCCGUGGAGGCAGCCAGCCCCUCCGGGCCCCUGCGGGAGCGGGGCAAGGCCACCCCCACCCCCACGUCGCAGUUUGUCUUCAGCUUCCCGGUGUCGGUGGGCGUGCACGCGGCCCCCAGCAGCCUGCCAUACCUGCACAGCCCCAUCACCACCUCCCCCAGCUGCUAGGGCCGCGGGGAGCCCCGACCCCGGCCGCCGGCUCUCCGCGGGGCUCUGCGGGGCUCUGCGGGGCUCGCGGGGUGGGCAGCGCCCACGGGGACUGACAGCGCGAGGGCCCGGCGACCAGGCGUCCCCCCCCCCCAAUCCCCUCCUCCGGGGCCAGCUAGAAUGGCAAUAAGGACUUCGAAAACACCUUACAAGCAGACAAAACAAAACACUCCAACUUAGAGCAAUAACGGCUGCCUCAGCGGGCAGGGAAGACCUCGGUUUGGUUUGUGUGUCCGUGUUACUUUGCAGAUAGGAAUUUCUUACCUCAUUUUUUUAAGCAGUAAGGCUUGAAGUUAUGAAACCCACAGAUCCUGGCAAAUGUGCCCACCCAGUUUUAUUAAGGGGUGCGGGGGUGGGGUGUGGGGGUGGGAAAGGGACAAAAAGAAAAAAGUUUGCCAGAAGUGCCUGGUUCUGUGUGCUUCCUUCUUUUUUGUUCUUGGAACAGGUUUUGUUUUUUGUUUUGUUUUCUUUAAGAAAUCUUACAGGACCUGGUUUUCCUUUCGAAAUCACCAACAGGUGGAUAAUGAUGCUUAAUAAUAAAUAAAAGUAUUUAUUAAGAAUUUCUUCAGAGGAUGUAAGUGCAAGGAGCCUAGGGACGGUGAAUUUAGGAUAUAUUUCCGUCAAUGCCCCGCCGCGGAGCCUCAUGGCUCGCAAACGUCAAGGCGGUUGGGAACUGGACGGUGUGUCCCAGGUACGGAGCAGGUAGCCUGAGGGUCAGUGGGCACUGGUUGUCACUGAGAAGCAGGCAGUGUGGGGUGGUAGGAGGAAGAAGGGAAGGACUACUUUCUGAUUCCUUUUGAAGCUGGUUCCUGGGUACAGGGAACACGAAAGCGGCUCUAGGUCCCAAUGAUAGAGCCUUUUCUCAGGAUCAGUAAUUCAGUUUGGCGGUGGGAGCCUUUUCUCACAGCCCUUCCGGAAGACUUGUUUAUCAUCUGAUAAAUGCCCUGUCGUAAAAGGUGCUCCUGGGAAAUGGGGUGCAACUGAGAUUGUCUUACAGUGAAUCGUGGAGCGAGGCCCCUGGGACAAGCAGCUAACUAGAGAUGGACCGGACGUGCAUCCUCUGGUGAUCAGAAGCACCAUCUUUUUUCUCUUCUGCAUAAAUCGGCGUUUUUUUCGUGUUACAGGGUUUGCUUAGGGGGAAGUACAGCAAGUUCUUGCCUUCUCAAAACUCCUGGGUUAGGUGAAUAUUUUUAAAGGCCCAUAUUUCAAUAAGAGGGGGGUGAACACGCUGUUUCAGGUCUAGAAUGGAAGAGGGUGUAAGGAGCUGGCUAGACCCUUUGCUUGGAAGCCGGCUGCUGGGCUUCUAUCCUGGGCACCAUGGGCUUCUAUUCUGAGCACUGUGGGCACGCAGGCGCCAUUGUGGAAUUCUCUCUUGGGAUAAUGCCAUUUUAAGGGGCCUUUCCAAAGGGAGCCGAGGCUUUCGGAGGGAGACGGAUGUUUUCUGCGGGUUGGGCUUGGGGGGAGGGAAGAGGGAAGCUACAUGUCACUUCAUCUGUAGUAGAGUGGAACAGUGUUACAGAGUGUCAGCUUAGAGGUAUUUGCAAACUUGUCUAGAAAUGAGAGCAUGUUUGUUUUUUGGGGUUUUUUUUGUUUUUUGUUUUUUUGGUUUUUUUUUUAGCCCCUUAGGAGUCUAGCUCUAAAUGAACAUUCUUGCUCAUCCAUAAAUAACUUCAAGCCUCAAUGUCAGAAUAGCGUUGGAAUGCUCUUUCUCAUCCUGGCAUCCCAGACAGGACCAGGUUCAUUACAUUUCCUUCCACAAACAUGAACCUGUGUUGGCAUCACUCAUCCUGCCUUUGUCAAGCCCUGUCUUUGGGUGAGGCCAGAGUUCCCGCUUCCUGUUUUUAGAAAAGCCAGAGGCUCCGGAGCCUCCGUCCCCGGGAGCUGCUUGGCUGAAUAGGUAGGGGUGAGGUGAGGGGUUUGGGUUCCUGGACAAUGGACCUAUUUAGAGAUGGCACAGUUGGCCGUUCCUACUUUUUCCUUGAUUCCUGGAAGUUGCUCUGUGUUUUGUGAUUAGUGAGGUCCAGUGAGCUCUGCAGCUCUGAGAGCUAUGGGUUGCAAGAGCGGUUAGACCUGGGGAGCAGGCGAGCCUGUGGCAGGGGGAGGGAAGGCAACCUGGAACAGACUCACUUUCUAUAGAACAAGUGUACAUUUGCCAAAACCUGUGUAUCAUGCUUUCCCAGACUGGAUUCCAACCACGCGGACAGUCAGAGCUCAGGACCAGCCCCAGACAUGUCUUUCCCCCGCUUUCCAGUUCAAGUCUUCUGUCACCGUGUCAGACUGCUAUUUAUAAAGCCAUUUUCUUUGUACUUGAUAACAGCCUGAGUCUCAGAACUCUCAGAGAUAAAAUAGGAAGUCGGCUUGAUCGGAAAAGGGGAUUUUUUUUUUUCUGGUCGUAAUUCUGUCAUCGGGAAGUCUCUUUGAUGACUCGAAGUAACUGUAAUGAAGACACCGCCACAGGGUCAGCUCAAAUAGCCAGGUGGAUUUCAAUUGGCAUCUCUCCCAUGAAGUGAUUUCUGGUGAUGCAAAAUUUCUGUAAUGGCCAGAAAACAUUGCCACUUUCACUGAUCCUAUCAACGGUGCUGUUGGCUACCUUGGUUCUUCUCUAGAGACCAAGGGAUGAGGUCAGCUCCCUCCUGGAAUCUUGUGUGACCCAAGGAUGUUUGUGGAGCACUAAGGGUAAUGGCCUUGACUUUCCCAUGGAGAACUAUUAGACUGAAGUGUCUGUGAAUGGUGCCUGGGCGCUCGAAGCUUUAGUCAUUUCCUCCUGACGCCGUUUUGCUCAGGUGCUCGUUCUAGCUGGAUUCCAGAGUUUUCAACAAGGUUGGGAAGCCAUGCGAGAAAUUUUUAAAAAUCUGUGGGAAAGUGGACAGAAAUGCGGUAGGUGGUUGAUUCAGUUGGGAGCCCACCGCCAUGCCCGUAGUAUUAAAGCAGGGGUACACCUUGGCUGUCCAUUGGCAGCAACUGGGGAGUUUUGAAAACCUUGCUACCAGGCUGUCCCAGGGCAAUGAAACCAAGAUCUCUGGAGCUGGAACCCCGGCGUCCGUAUGUUUCAAAGCUCCCCAGGUGCUUUCCGAGUGCCCUGGAGGUGGGUCUUAAUGACACAGAACUAGCUGGUCUCUCAGAAACCAUAGCGAGGGGUUUGUCGCUGGCUCGGCAGGUUCUUGCUGCCAGUCCCAGCCCGGCGGAGGGACAAGAUGGUUUCUCUCAGGAGCUCAGGGAGCAUGCGACCUCCUGAACGGGGCACCUUUCAUGCCCCUUGAAGGGCAGCUGACCUGUGGAGCAUUGUUAGGGACCUAAAUACAGUGUCUGGAUGUUGAGGUUUUUCCUUAAAUGUCCUUUGUCUAGCAAAAAAAAAAGAAUGGGGAGUUUCACCUCUUGAGAUACCCCUGUCCCCCAGGAGCACCCUGCCCAUCCUGAGAGCUUAUGAGUCAUAUGAGGAAGAGGCUUCAAGACAGAGCAAUGCAAUACUUGUAACUUUUGUAAAUAGCCCCAUCUUUCAGAGUGAUGUCAUUUCUACAUUUGAUAUGCUUGUAUUUCGGUAGGAUGUAUAUAGUUGAGGGGAUUUUUUUUUGUUUGGUUUCGUUUUUUAGAAGAGUCGACAUGUCUUUUUAUUUAUUGCUUGAAAAAGAUCAUUUGAAGAAAAAUAAAUACAUUUUCAACCAUG